GGCGGUGACGCCGACGCCACUUCCGACGCGUGAGCGCGGUGCCGGGGGAGGGGGCGUGGCGCAGCGCGGCGGGAGGCCGGGAAGGUUCCAGAGGGGCUGCUGGGAGCCGCCGCCGGGGCAGCAGCGCGAGCACGCGCCGGGCACGCGCCGCGCCAUGGCCGCUGCGCACGAGGAGUUACAGAAAGAUUUGGAAGAGGUUAAAGAAUUGCUUACGAAAGCCACAAGGAAGCGACUUCGUGAUGUUCUCACGACUGAAAAACACAAGCUAGAGAUAGAAAUCAAGAAUCAGCCUCCAGCAAAGCUGAAAGGAGAUGCAGGAGAAGAAGAAAAGUCAUCACUUGGAGGGUAUACGGUGAAAAUAAACAACUAUGGUUGGGAUCAGUCAGAUAAGUUUAUUAAGAUUUACAUCUCUUUAAAUGGAGUCCAGAAGCUCCCAGCUGAGAAUGUGCAGGUGAAUUUCACAGAGAGGUCAUUUGAUCUGCUAGUGAAGAAUCUGAAUGGGAAGAACUACACCAUGACCUUCAACAACCUUCUGAAACACAUCUCGGUGGAAGGCAGCUCUAGAAAGAUAAAGACAGACAUGGUCCUUGUGAUGUGUAGGAAGAAGCGGGAGGAAAAAUGGGACUGUCUCACUCAAGUGGAAAAAGAAAGCAAAGAGAAAGAGAAGGCUGCCUAUGACACCUCAGACCCCGGUGAAGGGCUUAUGAACCUUUUGAAAAAGAUGUAUGCAGAAGGGGAUGAUGAAAUGAAGCGCACCAUCAACAAGGCUUGGGUUGAAAGCAGAGAAAAACAGUCCAAAGGGGACAUACCAAUGGAUAUUUGAAAGCACUCUAAGGGCCGCCUUAAUACUGAUCUUCCAUGUGAGACUUCCUGUGCUGCAAAAAUCAUUGUUUACACAACCUUCUUCCAAGCAAAGACAGUCAUUUUCCAUUUCAGGUUGGAGAAAAUAUUUAAAUAAAAUAGCUUAUAAAGCAUUUCCUUCA